CUGGUUGAGGAACUUGGGAGUCUGCUGCUGUCUUCUACCGAGCGAAAUGAAAGGCACCGACACAAAAAACGGAAUAUUGAGGUUCCUCAAGUGUCUGUCCAUUAGCGUGGCUGUUGUCGUGCUGGUUUUAUUUAGCGUCGUUCUUCUCCGGGCUCUGUCCCUGGACGUCCAUGUCGGUCUGAAAGUGGCGCGCUGGGAACAGACCAGAAACCUCUCUCUGAACAUCGACCACAGCCGCCGGACGGAGCUGCUGGACCACUUCAAAGAGUCGAUCCGUAUCCCGACUGUGUCCUACUCCGAGACGGACAUCAACACCACCGCGCUGCUUCAGUUCCACCGCUUCCUUCGGCGAGUUUUCCCAACAGUUUUCUCGUCCAGUUUGGUCCAUCAUGAAGUGGUGGCAAAUUACAGCCACCUGUUCUGGGUUCAAGGAUCGCAGCCCGAGCUGAUGCCUUACAUCCUGCUGGCUCACAUUGAUGUGGUCCCUGCCUCAGAGUCUGACGGCUGGGAUGCGCCGCCGUUCUCUGCUCGAGAAAUAGAUGGCUUCAUCUACGGCAGAGGAACCUUGGACGACAAGGCCUCGCUGAUGGGGACACUACAGGCUCUGGAGUACCUGCUGAUCGAAGGAUACAAGCCACGUCGAGGAUUCUACAUCGGACUCGGUCAUGAUGAAGAAGUGAGUGGUUUAAAUGGAGCCAUGAACAUAGUGCGGCUACUGAAGGAACGAAAUGUGCAGCUGUUGUUCGUCCUCGACGAAGGUCUGGCGGUGCUCGAUGGUGUCAUCAGCGGCCUCAAGGGCCCGGCGGCCCUGAUUGGGAUCAGUGAAAAGGGAGCUGCCACAGUGAAGCUCAGUGUCUCUGCUCCCCCAGGUCAUUCAUCCAUGCCGCCGCGUGAGACAAGCAUUGGCAUCUUAGCUGCCGCUGUCAAAAGGCUGGAAGACAACCCCAUGCCAAGAUUCUUUGGUUAUGGACCGGAGCGAGAGACAUUCGAGCACCUGGCCCAUCAGUUCCAAAUGCCAAUAAAGUUGGUAGCGUCCAACUUGUGGCUGUUUUCACCGAUGCUUGGCAGAGUUUUGGAAAGGAAGUCAGACACGAACGCUCUUGUAAGAACCACCACGGCAGUGACCAUGUUUAAUGCUGGAAUUAAGAGGAAUGUGAUCCCAUCUCUCGCUGAAGCAUAUGUAAACCUACGAAUCCACUCGGCGCAUUCCUUACAAGAGGCAAGUUCGGCUCGGUUCUGCUUCCACCAAAACAUGUUUGUAAAGAGUUUCACGUCGCAGGUGCUGGAUCAAAUCGAGGCGACCGUGGGGGACGACCGUGUGAAGAUGGAGCUCCUGGAUGGGUUUGAUCCCCUCCCUGUCAGCUCAAUUGAAGAAAGGUCUUUUGGCUUUCAGAUCAUCAAGAAAACUGUGCUGGAAUUGUUCCCGACUGUCACAGUCGCUCCAGGAGUCUGCGUUGGCAACACAGACAGUCGCCACUUCAAAGAUCUGACCAGAGAUAUCUAUCGAUUCAUCCCCCUGUGGUUUAAACCAGGUGAUUCCAAGAGAUUCCACGGCGUCAACGAACGACUUUCCAAAAAGAACUUUGAGGAGAUCGUACACUUCUACUUCAGUCUGAUUCAGAACUGUGACACCCGGAAACUUCCGGAGCCGCACUCCUCUCUCCACGAAUUUUGAGAUGCUGAGAUUUAAUCUGAGAUGUUCAUCAUUUUGAUGCAUUUUAGCAUUUGCUAAAAUCAAUAACUUUGACUGAAGACUCUUGAACUCAGGUUUUGGAAAUCGAUUUAGUGAUUCCUUUGAAACUAUUCUUGAAGUUGGUGUAUUUUUAUUCUCUAAAGUGUAUAUAUUGCUCAGAAAAGAAGUGUUGCUGCGAUUGCUUUGAAUCAUGUCAAUAGAAUUUUUUUUGCACUUCUUUUGUCUGAAAAUAAAUAAAUCUAAAGCUUGCAAUAAUCUAUUAUGGACACAUGAUGGCAGUGUAACCCACCAUGGGUCGUUCCAUCAUCUCCAUUAGUCUGUGUUGAAGGUAAGCGGGAAAUAAACUCAUUUUA